CCCCUCCGCUUCGUGCGGGCGGUUCCAGAAUAGCUCUUGCGUACGUUAGCUUGUUGGAGAGAAAGCCUCGUGAGGGGAGACCAACCGAUCAUCUGGCAAAUUGAUCCUCUCUGGAGCGUUCGAGUUGAUAUAACUGAUCUUCCAACCGCUCUUCCAUGACUGGCUGGCUGUCUGCAACGAAUCCAACGCUGCGACAAGUACAAGUCGCGUGGAUGCUAUGCGACUCAAACAGCGCUGUUUAAUCUAUUUCCGAAGUUAGAAAGACGAGAGAAUUGAUUUCGAACUAUUUCCAUUCCAAGCUUUCAAUUCAUAUGCCCCAUAACCAUGAUGAGGGUUGUUAAAGGAGUGGCCGUGACUCCCCCUACAGCGGGUUCUCAGCUCCGGACCUUGGGGACGCUGCAAUUUGAAGAUCCCGCUAAUCUCCGCUCCGAGCGCGUUCUCGGAUUUACAACAGUUCCCCAAUAGCGCCUGCCUAAUUAAUAAUUCUAUCGCGCCGCCGUUUCUGGCACGGAUUCCACCCUAGCACACUCGUUGCAAAACUCCAGCCCAAUCUCUACGGUACAGCCACUCGAGGCCAUGAGAGCGCGUCCAAUAGCCAUCGCGCAGUCGCUCGCCCGCGACUUGCGUGGACAGAACCACCACAGCAUCGGCACCGGGUUCACAAGACCUCUUUCCACGACACAAUGCCGCACCAGUCGACUCCGUACGCGCCUCGAAAUUCCUCCCCCAUUUCCAGUGACCAAGACCUGUCCCGAACCGAGCUGCAACUGUCCGCCGACACCAGCGAUGCCCGAGGGCCUGCCUCUGGACCACGAGCACGCAUUGAACGGAACGAUGGCGGCGUAUGCACAGCAGCUCGUAGUCUGCACCGGACAGCGGGACUGGACCAGUCGAAUCGAGGAUGACGGGGAACAUCAGGGCUGGGGUAGUCUUGUGCGGGGACUGAAGCGGUUAAUGGGUCGUCGAGGGCCAUAUCUCGAUCCCUUCAACAACAUCCUCGUCACAAACUCCUCCAUCAAAUCCGCAACGGCAAACCCCUCAACCGCCUCAGCCAUCCUCUUCCCAUCCUUCAAAUACAUCCCCACAAUCCCAACCUCCGCCACCAGCCUGGAAACCUUCAUCCGCGCAUUCCUCCUCCCAAAACACCUCCACAACAUGCACCAUCUCCUCCCACACACCAAACAAAAAGCCAUGACCCGUGCCCCCGAACUAGCCUCCCACUUCCCAGACACGCUCGACAUAGACCACUCCCCGACAAUCCUCAUCUGCGGCCACGGCGGCCGGGACAUGCGCUGUGGCUUGAUGGCGCCAGCCCUCGAAGCCGAAUUCCACCGCGUCCUGCGCACGGUUGGGUUUGAUUCUGUCGGUUGUGAGGGUGGGCGGUUGGAUGGGCUGGGACAUGCAAAUGUGGGAUUGAUAAGCCAUGUGGGCGGACAUAAGUAUGCGGGGAAUGUGAUCGUGUAUAUUCCGCCGAAGAUGACUUCGUCGACGGGCACGGUGCAUCCAUUGGCGGGUAUGGGGAUUUGGUAUGGGCGUGUUGAACCGAAGCACGUGCAGGGUAUUGUGGAGGAGACUGUGCUUGGGGGCAGGGUUGUGACGGAUCAUUUCCGGGGUGGCAUUGAUCGGGAUGGGAAUAUUUUGAGAUUGUAGAUAUAGGGUGCCCGGAAGCCUGGAAGGAUAUUGUAUAUAUUGUACAGAUAAUUACGGCUUACAACGAUAGAUAUGUAUACGUUCGAGAACCAAUCCCGCUACGGUUGUACUU